AUGCAGACGAACCGAGCACCGCAGUUGGCUUCUCUUUAUGUUGGUGAUCUUCAUCCAGAUGUUACGGAGGCGAUGCUGUACGAGCUCUUCAACCCAGUUGGUCCAGUGGCAUCUAUCCGUAUAUGCCGAGACAAGACAACCAGGAAGUCUUUGGGCUACGGCUAUGUUAAUUUCCACAACGUGAAGGAUGCAGAAACGGCUCUGGACUCUCUAAGCUAUGCAAGCAUCCACGGCCGAAGUUGCCGUCUCAUGUGGAGUCAGAGAGAUGCUGGACAGAGAAAGGCCAACAACAGCAACGUCUACGUUGCAAACCUGGACAAAAACAUUGACAACAAGGCGCUGCACGACACUUUCAGCGUGUUUGGGGAGAUUCGGUCCUGCAAGGUUGCAGCUGAUUUACUUGGAAAUUCCUUUGGGUAUGGCUUCGUCCACUUCGAAACCGAAGAGGCAGCGAAGGAUGCCAUUGAAAGGCUCAACAAUGUGGAGGUAGGCGGCCAGAAAAUUCAAGUAUGCAUGUGCGAGAAUCGAAAAGAGGGUGGCCCGAACAGUGCGGAGGACUUCACCAAUUUGUACGUGAAGUGUUUUCCGUCGUCUUGGGAUGAGGAAGCUGUGCGAUGUGAGUUCAGCAAAUUCGGCAGACUCACUGGCAUUGCAGUCCGCACAGAUGCGCAAGGUCGCAGAAGUGCUUUCGUCAAUUUUGAACUGCACGAAGAUGCCAGACGAUGUGUGCAAGAGAUGCACAUGAAGGACAUGCGAGGUCCUGAAGAACAGGACACUCCGGAGGAGGUGGGAUCAGACGGGCAUCCGCUGUCACGACUCUAUGUGCAAAGAGCUCAGCCAAAGUCGGAAAGGGAGCGCAUCCUCAAAAAGCAGUUCGCCGAGGAUGCCGCACUCAAGAACCCGUCCAAAAUCAGUUUGUACGUGAAAGGCUUGCAUGAGGACAUCACAGAUGAAGAUCUUCGAAAACUCUUCGAGCCCUUCGGCCAUGUCUUGUCGGCUUCGGCGCCCUCCGAUGCCAAUGGGAAGUGCCGUGGCUUUGGUUUCGUGAACUUCGGCUCACUCGAGGAAGCUACGAAGGCAGUGUCGCAGAUGCAUCUGCGUGUGGUGCAUGGAAGGCCUAUUCAUGUGGAUUUGGCCGAAAGCAAGAAGGAUCGCCAGGCACGUCAGCAGCGAUCACAGCGAUUUGGCACAGGCCGAGGCAUGCCAGGAGCUCGCUUUCCGGGUGGCUUCGGGAUGCCAAGGCCGGGUGUGAUGUUUGCUCCUCCGAUAAAUGGUCCUCAGAUGAUGCCGCGAGCUGGCUAUGGUGGCUGCGGCGGCUGCGGUGGCUGUGGCGGCUGCGGCGGCUGCGGGGGCUGUGGCUUCGGUGGCUGCGGCUGUGGCGGCUGUGGCUGCGGCGGCUGUGGCUUCGGCGGCUCUCCGAUGUUUCCUCCGCCGCUUGGUCUGGGUCUGGGCGGGCUGGGCCCAGCCCAAAACGGAAUGCGGGGCCCGCCUCCGAUGGCCUUGGCGCAUGGUCGUGGGCAGGGCCUUAGUGGCCAAGCCUCAGGACCGCAGUUUAAAGGCCCUGCAGUUACAGCAGCAACUUUGGCAUCCAUGCCGCCGCCAAUGCAAAAGCAGCUUCUUGGAGAGAAGCUUUAUGCUGAGAUCGCGCGGAUGAAUGGUGUUCAUGCGGGAAAGAUUACUGGAAUGAUGCUUGAGAUGGAGAACAGCGACAUUCUUGCUUUCCUUGAGUCGCCUGAGCGCCUGCAGUCCAAAGUCUCAGAGGCUUUAGAAAUGCUGACACGGUAA